AUGGAAAUUAGGCCCUAUGAGGAUGAUAUAACAGCACUAUUUGAGGCAUCUCAGUGGGGUUGUGUUUCCACUUUGAACAUUUUGAUUCAAAGAGAUCCUCUCAUUCUUGAUAAGCUUUCACUUACUUCCCUCACUGAAACUCCGUUGCAUAUCUCAGCUUUGCUUGGCCACCUUGCUUUCACUCAAAUCCUUCUCACUGUCAGACCAAAACUUGCUACCGAAUUGGAGAUCUUCAUACGCACACCCCUCCACUUAGCAGCCGCAGAGGGUUUGCAAAGAAAUUGUCCAAAAUUUGUUGAGGGUGACAAUGCAGAGUUCCUCAGCCAAAAAGAUGAGGUUGCUGGAAACACAAUGUUGCAUUUAGCUGCAAUGUUCAAGCAAAUCGAGACUAUAGGAUUCUUGCUUACAAUACCAAAAGUGGCAGAAGCAGCAAAUUCCUCGAAUCCCAAUGGUUUUACGGCCUUAGACGUUAUAGAGCAUAGUCCAAGAGACUUCAAAAGCAUCGAAAUUGGACAAGUUUUAAUGAAUGCUGUGUCCACUAUUCUUACUUUCAUGGCGCUUACUUAUAUCUACUGUGUUAGCAUGGUGUAG